AUGAAGUCACACUCACACCUUGGUGAUGAAGCUCCAAUUAUUGGAGAUGACAAGAUGAUCAAUUGGGAAGAAAGGGCUUUUGCUGAAGACGCAGCUAGGAUUCUUGGCGGGAGCAUGUGGCCUCCAAGAUCUUACUCUUGCACCUUUUGUAAGAGAGAGUUCAGGUCUGCUCAAGCUCUUGGGGGUCACAUGAAUAUCCACAGAAGGGACAGGGCUAGGCUCAAACAAAAUCUAAGCCCUCAUCACAAUGAACCCCUUCAUCAUCAUCAUCACAAAAUUGAUGAUUGCAUCAAAUCCUUAUUGAGUAAUAAUCGUCAUUUUUCUGCACCAGAGAUCUCCACCCAGAUAGAUUGCGGUCUUUCUCGUGCUCUUGAUUAUUCUAGCCAAGCAACUACAAUUACAACAACCAGAUCACUGUCAUGUAUAUCUACACAAGAAAAAUGUGGUCAGCAUAAAUUUUCACCUUCUUCUUCAAUUAUCUUGGAUCAUACGGGGUCUCCUAAUUCAGAACAAGAAAGGGAGGUCAAAGCAAAGGAGUACAAUUUUAAUGGCUUGGGAUGUGGUAAUUAUGUUGAAACACGUUUGUCUGUGGGUCUGACUUCCAUGUUUGGCAAAAAUUCAUCGCCAACCGUUCCUUGUGGGGACAGACCCAACAUCAGUUGCAAGAGACUAAAGACUAUUCCUCUCUUCCUCGGACCAUGUUCAAAUGAUAAGGGCCUGGCUUUUCAACCUGUGGAAAUCUCACUUGGACUUGGUCAUGGAAUGGAAGACUUGGAUCUUGAACUCAGGCUAGGGAAACAACAGAAACUUAAGUAG